ACCUUCCGAUUUGAUUUGAACAGGAGAGAAGCUGUGGACUUACAGGAUUCCCCCACCUCUCUCUCUCUCUCUCUCUCAUCAAAUUUUUAAAUCGUGAACCGCUUACUGGGCACACCAUUAUUAUACGAAUUUCUUGUCCAGAUAAAGAGAAAUCAUCACUUUCCUUGUAUUAUCAUUAUUAUUUUCUCUGCAACCAAACACUUCCCCCAUCAAUGGCAUACCACUCCGGAUCCUACACCGGCGGGUACGCCCCAUCGGCACCGCCAGUGCCCGACUCUCACGGGUCGCCCCAGCAACACCAACCAUAUCCUCCUCCCAACUACUACUACGGCGCCCAAUCCAGUUACGGGUCACACGGCCACUCUGGUUUCCCACCCGGGACUCACCCGGAGGUCAUUCGGAGCUUCCAGAUGGUCGACAAGGAUCGGAGCGGGUUCAUAGACGAGUCGGAGCUCCAACAGGCUCUCUCUUCGGGUUACCAGAGGUUCAGCCUUCGGACUAUCCGCUUGCUCAUGUUCCUCUUCAAGAACCCUAACGACUCUCUCCGAAUUGGGCCUAAAGAGUUUGCUGCAUUGUGGAGCUGUCUUGGUCAAUGGCGGGCUAUUUUUGAAAGAUUUGAUAGAGAUCGAAGUGGGAAAAUUGAUGCAACGGAACUAAGGGAUGCUCUAUACAGUCUUGGAUAUGCAAUUCCACCUUCUGUUCUUCAAGUCCUGAUUUCAAGAUACGAUGGUGGAAGUGGCCGGAAGGUCGAGCUGAAUUUUGACAGUUUUGUCGAGUGUGGAAUGAUUGUGAAGGGUUUGACUGAAAAGUUCAAGGAGAAGGAUCCGCGUUAUACUGGUUCAGCAAUGCUAACGUAUGACACGUUUAUGUCUAUGAUCAUCCCAUUCCUUGUGUCUUAAAACUUUGUGAAAUAUCAGUAAAAUUCAGUGUAGUAAUGGUUUGGUUUGUACUUGGCAUUUGUGUGAUUCAAGCAAGAAUUUGUAUAUAGGACAUGAACUUUUGUUGUUUUUUGACCAUUUAUGAUAUUUACUCCUUUGUGUGCAUUUAUUUUUA